AGCCACAAGAAAUUAUCAUUUCUAAAAUCAAGUCCCGACCCACGCAAGAAGUCCUAGCCUAGUAAGGUUAAAAAGAAUGUUAGAAAGCGUAAAAAAAAAACUAGGUAGGACCUCGUUUCCCAUCCAUCCUCUGGCUCAAAGGACGCGUCGGUUGCAGCCAAGUGUACUUGCACGGUGCGUCUUUGGUCUCGAACGAGUUAACCUUGAUCCUGUAGCGGCCGGGUACCAACGAGGCGAGACGAUUAUAUCCGAUUAUACCCGAUAGACGGAUAAUGAUGCAGAAACGCGUUCGACGUAAAUGGAUUUGGCAUGUGCGAUGGGAGUGGUGGAAUGGUUUCGCGGACGAAAAAGGAGACGGGUGAAAGAAAACGAGGAAAAAAAGAGUGGCAGUUGAAGUGGGGGACCUAAAGAGGGACGAAGACAACGUUACCGGGGAUCGUUGUGCAGGGAGCGAUGGUGGGAAAAGAGAGAAAGCUAGAAAGGAGUAAAAGAAGAACACAAGAACAACAACAGUAACAACGACGACGACAACGACGACGCCAGCGAUGAUGAUGACGAUAGAAGUGGUGGAAUUGACGUCGACCCUGUCGUUGGUGGUGGUGGUGGUUGGUGUCGUUGGUAGAGGUGGCGAACAUCGUCCGAGAACCCAGAGAAGUGAGCGUUGACCGUGAUCGGAAGGGUGUACAGUGGGGGUUCGAGGUUGUGUGGGACCUGGUGGGGAGGAUAAGCAUAGUCACCGUGUGAGCAGCACAGUUAGGUCGUUCAGCAUUCGUGUAUGUGUGCGUGGAGACGAGAGUGUGUAGGUUACGCGGAAAGGGACGAAGGAGGCACAGCCACGAAGAAGAGUGGGAGAAAAGAGGCGACGGAACCGCGGGUUCCCGUGGCCUCCCACGUCGUGGCUCGUCAUUCCUAGCCGAGUCUCUUCGACGCUCGCGACGCUUCUCCAGGGACCGGACAGAUCUCUUCAACAUCGUUCUCCAUGCACGCUUGUCCCGAAACGACACGAUCCACCACGUUCUGACCUGCACCCCGACUCAUCGUUCCCUGCUAAUCCCUCCUCUCCGCAAGUUUCGCCUAUUCGCUUCUCUCUCCCCCCGAUCCUCGGGGAUCCCUUUAGUCCGGCCACAUCCCUCGAGCGGCCAAGAGACGCAGGCAAAGAGAAAUCGUUGAAGAAAGUCGGUAAAGAAAGGAGCAGGAUCAGUGUUAACACGGCCGUCCACCGAGUCGAAACGUUUCUGUUGGAUAAUUCUAUCGAAGGAUAUUUGUGGUACACGCGGUUCACCUGGGAUAACGCUGAGCGUGUGUGGGUGAAUCGAGGACGAUUCACCAGGACCAGACAUCGAGGAGACAUCGACUCGUUUUCGAUCGACCGAGAAAGCUCGUUAGAACCAGAAUAAACGCACAGCUUGCCAGAGACCUUUACGGAUCAGGAAUUUGAUCGGGCACAGAGUCGAUCGUGAGUUUUAGCCAGGAUGUCGCACAAGAUGCAGAACCAGGGAGCGCCGGUUCACGGGGGCAAAUUUCAGAGAACGCCAAUGCGCCCAAUGAUAGCGGAAUACGACCCCAAGAAGCACGGCGUGAAAACAGAACUGUCAGACAUGGUUCUUGUCAAAUACAAAUGCGAGAAAAAUGAUGUACCGAUUACCGUCACGAACGGCUCAACGUUGCCGCUCGUGGAACGACCCAAUGACGAAGAAGCAGCCCUUUACAAUCCGUUCGAGCACAGGAAGCUGGCGCAUCCCACGUCGGACAUGGACACCCUGAUACAUCUGCUGAAAGGCAGUCUGGGCACCGGGAUCCUUGCGAUGCCGAUGGCUUUUAAGAAUGCCGGUUUACUCUUCGGUCUAUUCGCCACGUUCUUCAUCGGCGCUAUUUGCACCUACUGCGUUCACAUCUUGGUCAAGUGCGCCCAUAAGCUGUGCAGGCGGACGCAGACGCCUAGCUUAGGAUUCGCCGAUGUUGCCGAAGCUGCCUUUCUGGUUGGGCCUGAACCUGUGCAGAAGUACGCUCGCCUUGCAAAGGCGACGAUCAACUCGUUCCUAGUGAUCGACUUAAUCGGUUGUUGCUGCGUGUACAUCGUUUUCAUCUCGACCAACCUGAAAGAGGUGGUUGACUACUAUACGGAUACCGAUCGUGAUGUCCGGCUUUAUAUGGCGGCGUUGCUGCCUUUGUUAGUUGCGUUCUCACUUGUCAGGAACCUGAAAUAUCUGGCACCGUUCUCGAUGAUCGCGAACAUUCUGAUCGCCACUGGAAUGGGGAUCACGUUUUACUACAUUUUCACCGACUUGCCAACCAUCAAGGACGUGCCAAAUUUUUCGAGCUGGCCUCAACUACCCCUGUUCUUCGGUACAGCUAUCUUCGCUCUUGAAGGCAUCGGCGUUGUGAUGUCUCUCGAAAACAACAUGAAAACCCCAGCGCACUUUAUCGGUUGCCCAGGAGUAUUGAACACCGGUAUGUUCUUCGUGGUGCUGUUGUACAGCACCGUCGGUUUCUUCGGCUAUUGGCGCUACACCGAUCAAACGAUGGGUGCGAUCACGCUGAACCUGGAGAAAAGCGAGGUGCUAGCUCAGUCAGCAAAGGUCAUGAUCGCAGUAGCGAUUUUCCUUACGUACGGUCUGCAAUUCUACGUGCCAAUGGAGAUCAUCUGGAAGAACGCCAAACAAUACUUCGGUUCGAGGAAGUUGUUGGGCGAAUAUGCAAUCCGUAUCGUGCUGGUGAUAUUCACGGUAGGCGUAGCGAUCGCUAUACCGAACCUGUCGCCGUUCAUGUCGCUGGUAGGCGCCGUCUGUCUCUCCACCCUGGGUCUGAUGUUCCCGUCCGUGAUCGAGCUAGUCACCGUGUGGGAGCAGGAAGAUGGGCUUGGCCCGUACUAUUGGAAACUCUGGAAGAAUAUAGCCAUCAUCGCGUUCGGCAUAUUGGGCUUCCUGACCGGCUCCUAUGUCAGCAUCCAGGAGAUCCUCGAGGCGCACAAGUGAAGCGCCGAGUUCGAAGGAGCUGCGGUGCGACGGAAUAAUCGCUCAGCGCGUACCACUGAUGCCGACGUGUUCUACGACAGCUUCUGCGCUCUCGUUGAGCGAGCUCGUCGGACCAUCCGGACGACGAUGACUAGGAGGGUGAUGCUACUGCCGCUGGGAACAUCCAGGAGCCCAGGUUACGCGGCCAAGCGAGCUCCGAACUUCUAGCUUCGUCUCGCUCCUUCUGUUUGCACAUCGGUACGACGGCCGUGACGAAGGCGAACGUCGCGUAGUUGGGCCUUUGUAUACUUGACCCUGACUUCUCGUUAUGUCGAUCGUCGAAACCAUCAAGGCAGAGGAGUUCCUGUAUCGGGUCAUUGGUAGACACUCGACAAUACUGUGAAAGACUGUAUAUACAUAUACACUUUUUGGGUAUUCAUUAACGAUAUGUUUCUACGUCUAACAAUCAGAGGGAAAACUGAUCAAAUUAAAGGGACUUUGAAGGUUAAAGGUGCAUGAACUCCUUCCGCCAUUACGCGACGACGUAGACGCAGUACCACCGCUUCGUUCUUCUCGGUAGGCUGACAUGUGUGUAGCAUAGAAGGCUUACGGUGUAGAGAACACGAUCGAUAUUCGCCGAUCUAUCAUGUCAGAGUCGUCGUUGCUGAUGUUGCGUCGUAUAAAACCGUACGCUAUGUGUACAGUAAGAAUCAUUAAUGUCGCGUGUUUCCCUUUGAACAGGUGUUUUAACUUUCACCUGUUGCGGUAUUUUGUAUCGUUUGGUACCUUAAGAUCUUCAAUGAUUGUGUCAAUUAUCUUGGACGAUUUCAGUGUUGCACGGGAUGGGUGUUUUGUAAAUAUUGUCUGUUUUUGAAAAUGUCAAGCAGUAUUAUUUCAAAUUCAUUUUCUCGUUCCUAAUUUUUCAAUUUUUAAUUUCGUCAUUUUUAAAUGUCCGUAUUUCUAAAUUUUCAAGCUUCUAAAGUUUCUAUCAAAUCAAAUUCAUUUUCCCGACAUAUUUAACAUACUCAACUUGAAACUGCCAUAACAGAAAUAGCUAUAUUUAGCAGGAUGCACAAGUUAACCCUCAAAGGAUGGUCAAACAAUGAUGCUAACUAGAUCAAUCAUGAUUGAGAUAUAUGAAACUUUGAUUAAAAUUAAUUUUUAAAGAAAAACAUUUCAGAAUGUCAAAAGAUUACAAAAUGAAGACAAUGUAGAAUACAAAACGAGCUGUAAUUGUUCAACUGCUUCUGAGGGUUAAAGAUUAACUUCUAAAGUGAUAUAUCAAUUUACCAUUUUGAAUCAUGGAUGAUCUCCGCGACAGUUAACCUAUCAAACCUAAAUCAAUUGGAGUGUUUCGAUCGUCGAAUAAUUUCAUGAAGUAAAAUGUGCGAUAUUAAUGGUUCUUACCGUAUAUCGCCACACGUUCUAGCGAUUAACCGAGCAGUCAAAAUGGCACAACGUGGCUCGCAGUACCCGGAUCCACGACAAUGUGGAUCCCUCGACCCGCGGGAUCUGAGAUCUGCGAAAUGCUAACACGAGUAACAAGGACGUGAAUAAAGACGCCCUUUUUCUCUUUUUAUUUAUUCGCGUUGCGUCGACCGUGCGCACGACGAAGCUUUCCAUCGAUUUCACACAACUGCGGGACGGUUUUCUUUCUUGUUUUUUUUUUCUGUUUAGUAGCUUGCGUACAUAUUACGUACGGGUAUAGAUACGUAAAUUAUACUUAAGCGUUUUUUACCCGCAAACAGGGAGCGUCGUUCGCGUUUUUGGCUUUAACGUCCAUUCGUUCGUUCAAUUUACCGCGACAAGAGAACGAUCUGUAUGAUAAGAGGUUCCAUCGGCCGAUCGUUGAUCGAUCUGCUCCAAACUUUAUCGACAGAAAUCAACGAAGACUAAACCCUUCUUACUUGACAUACAAGUAUUUUUCUACAUUAAAUUUUAACGUAAAUGACUAUUUUGGAAAUUGUGGCAAUUUGUAUGGAACGUUUAUGUCGGUCAGAGGGGUUAACACGUUGACGUUACAUUUAAAUAAUUGUUCAAGUUGUCAUUCAAUUUUUUAUGUUUCUAUUUUGUUAGCAUACAUGAGUAACAAACUUUGACUGUCGUGGAAAGUUUUAGAAGACUUACAACAAUCACAUGUCUGGUGGAAAGUAGUCUUUUAAUAUGGAGACAAGGAAUAUAUGUUAUUUACAAGUUUUAUAACAAACAUGUAUUCAUAAAUCAGAGCACUUAGAUCUUUUACUCUCAAUUGUAAAUAAUUAAUAUUUCAUAUUCCUGUUUUAUUUUCAUUGACACUUUCCUACCAAACACGUGUACUUAUUUAUUAACAUAUUUGAGAAUUAUAUUUUCAGUAGUUUUACAAUUGUAUUUUCAUUUUGAUCAGGGAAAACUAAAUACAGUAUUGGCUACUUAAAAUUGAAUUUAUGGUAAAUAACAUAGGUAUGUGUUCAAAUCUUUCAAAAUUUGUUACUUUCCAUGUAGCAGUGCUAUUGAAGUUCUAUCCUGCCUUUUAAUUACUAAGCUGUCUUCUUGAGGUGUUCAUUGCCAGUCAUUAACACUUGACUGUUGGAUGAUACUGGUAUUUCCAUAAAACUUCACCAUCUAUAGCGCUAGUAAUUCUUUAUUUUACCUAAUUGAAAAUAAUUAGGUAACAAAUAAAUUGAUCUAACAGAUACAUUAGGUGACAGCUAACACUAAAGUAUUACAGAACUUACAGACAGCCUUAACAAUUUUUUAAAAUUUGUUCCUUUAUCAUAGUAACUUAAAAUUGUUCACUUUUCUUUCUUUUAAUUAUAUUUUUGUGAUAUCCAUCACCAGUUAAUGCUAUAGCAAAGUAUUUAACAUGUUGACUGCCUUAUAUGUGGAUACUUGAAUUUUCACAAGAAUCCUUCGUACUUGCCUAAUUAAAAAUAUUAGGUGCUAUAGAAUAUAGUACUAAUUAUGUAACUAAUACUAUAUUCUAUACAUAGUACCUAACAGAUAUACUAACAUACUGAAGUCCAAUGAAAAGAUUUGAUGGGUUUAAUGAGUAGAUUAGAUUUGCUAAAAACAGUAACACUACUUAAAUGUUAAAUAAUUUGAAAAUGACAGUCCAAUGAAAAGAUUUGAUGGGUUCAACGAGUAGAUUAGAUUUGUUAAAAACAGUAACACUACCUAAAUGUUAAAUAAUUUGAAAAUGAUAAUCCAAUGAAAAGAUUUGAUGGGUUCAACGAGUAGAUUAGAUUUGUUAAAAACAGUAACACUACCUAAAUGUUAAAUAAUUUGAAAAUGAUAAUCCAAUGAAAAGAUUUGAUGGGUUCAAUGAAUAGAUUAGAUUUGUUAAAAACAGUAACACUACCUAAAUGUUAAAUAAUUUGAAAAUGAUAAUCCAAUGAAAAGAUUUGAUGGGUUCAAUGAAUAGAUUAGAUUUGUUAAAAACAGUAACACUACCUAAAUGUUAAAUAAUUUGAAAAUGAUAAUCCAAUGAAAAGAUUUGAUGGGUUCAAUGAAUAGAUUAGAUUUGUUAAAAACAGUAACACUACCUAAAUGUUAAAUAAUUUGAAAAUGAUAAUCCAAUGAAAAGAUUUGAUGGGUUCAAUGAAUAGAUUAGAUUUGUUAAAAACAGUAACACUACCUAAAUGUUAAAUAAUUUGAAAAUGAUAAUCCAAUGAAAAGAUUUGAUGGGUUCAAUGAGUAGAUUAGAUCUGUUAAAAACAGUAACACUACCUAAAUGUUAAAUAAUUUGAAAAUGACAGUCAACGUGUUAAAGAUUGUAUAGAAAUCGGAACUAGCACGAAUAAAAAAAAGUAUUCAGAUCGACUACGUAACUCUGAUGGAAACUGCUGAUCUGUUCCUAGUGCAUAUUGCACAAACGAUAAAAAGAAGACGUACAAAAGAUGGUUAUUAAUUAAGAGUAAGAAGCAGUAAUGGCACGUAGGUGUGAUAAUGUCGUGAUGUGCAUGUUUGCUAGUCCGUAGGAAGUUUAGCGAAACACCGAAUGGCGUCGUGCGUCAGCAUGCGAUAUUAAAGACGCUAAUUGAACUUUUUUACUCGAUACCCAGGGAUGAAUUUCUUUCCAUAUAAUUGGAUAGUGUCGAGGCCGAUAUUGAUCAGCGAUCGAAAUUUCUGAACUUUUCUACUAAUCGAUUUUUUUUUUCAUUCUUAUUCAAACAAAAGAAGUGAUCUUAUUUUCGAUAAUAAAACGCUUAUUAUGUAUUCGUAGAUUUUUCAGAAGAAAUAGUACAAAGCUAUAAUAAGAUUGGUAACGACUCGUUUCACGUAUUGUAUACCGAACACGUCGAUUAGCGCGCGAAAUUCGAACGUAGAAUUUAAUUAUACAUCGGCUAGAUCUGAACUAGCGGGUCCGUUCGAUCGACGGACAAAGCAUUUACAUUUUCUAAGCUAUGUGAACGGAUGAUGGUAUUAUGUUUUCACGUAGGGUAUCCCCUCUCCAAUUGGCAACUCGUCAUCCCCACCACUUAUUCAGUAUUUAACAAUUUAUUAUAUAAUUUAUUCGAGGUAUUUUCCUCGUUUGUACGAAUUUUUCCAUACCUCGUAUACACGUAUGGACUUCUCUUUCUAAGUGACAAGGCGUGGACACGAAUUCCUGCCAAUUAAAGAGGUACGCACCGUUUUCAAACCCGAUAAUGCCAUCAUCGCGUUUCUGUAAUUCGCUGUCGCUUCAAACACGCGGAAAAUUUUGUGCCUUGAUUCUUUCGUCCCAUGAAAAAUUGUAGGAUUCGAGACUGACGUUUAAGUCGUGGUCAACAGAGAGAUACAGGCCGGUCCAGUAAUCAUGGUACACUCUAGGAAUAAUAAAUUAAGAUUACAUGAUCAAAGUUCACGUAUUUGUCCACAGGUGUACAGAUAUAGUGUCGAGCUUGAUAAAACUAAAGGACGUUAUUAAAUUUUCAAAUUUGCAAAAUUUUAAACUGUCAAAUUUUAAAAUUAACGAGUGUAGAAAUUUUUAACUGUACAAACUUUCGAGUAUAGAAAAGUUGCAAAGUUCGGACCAUGAUUAAUGGAACACCCUGUAUACGUACACGUCGCGUUCUUUUGAUUCUUUGACGUUCAAGGAACACCUUGAGCUGCGUAUUUUUGUACGAGAGCAUAAAACGUGAGGAUGCAUCGAGAAGGCAAUAACCAAUGUACCACUUAUUGCCGUUUCGUCGUUGUUAUAUAACCGCGUUUCACCGAGAACAGGGUAGAAUCAAACUGUUCCUUUGGUCGAAUCAUAGCGAAUCUAACCGAGUUUCGUCAAGCUUCUUCAUUUACGUUUUUCAUCGUAUUCUACGUACUCGUCCAUCCUUUUCCACCGAUAUAUUCUCCGUUUUCUCUUUUUUUUUUACAUACGUACACACGCGUGUACUCGCAGAUAAAUCAGAAUAGUCUCUGUGUUGUAUAAUUUUCUUUGAAACGAAAGUUUCGCUGAAAUUCUUUAUCAAAUCAUGAUUUCUGUAAUGUGGAAUAAAAAUAAAACAACCGUUUCGCCGUUCUUUGGACAUUCAGUAUCACGAGAUGCUUUUUCACGUGCACGCGUAUCCCGUGCACGCUGUACCAAACAAUGUUACAAUAUUUAAUACACGUUGACUUGAUUUGCAAAUAA